AACUGGCAACACUGAACAGCGGCCAUAUUUUAUUCCUUUUGACGUGCUGUCGAAUAACAAUAACAGCACGUGUGAAAAAUGCGUAUAGAAACGUGUUAUUUCUGCUCAUCCAGGAUAUAUCCUGGUCACGGAAUCCAAUUCGUGAGAAACGACUGCAAGAUUUUCAGAUUUUGCCGAUCAAAAUGCCAUGCAGCGUUUAAAAAGAAGAAGAACCCACGUAAAACCAAAUGGACCAAAGCGUACCGGAAGACCGCUGGCAAGGAAUUGGCUAUUGACCCAUCUUUCGAGUUUGAAAAACGUCGGCAUGUCCCAGUGAAAUAUAACAGGGAGUUAUGGACAAAGACGGUUGAAGCCAUGAAGAAGGUCGAAGAAAUCAGGCAGAGGCGGUCCAACAACUAUAUUAUGCAAAGAUUAAGGAAAGGACGUGAAGUGGAGUGGCAGAGAGAUGUUAGAGAGGUCCAAAGAGAUAUUUCACUAAUAAGAUCACCGGCAGCUGGUCUCAAACAGAGACAAGCGGAGGAAGACACAGAAAUGGAGGUGGAGCCGGAGACCAUUCAGGUGGUUGACUCUAAAGGCAGGAAGCAAGUCAUUGAAGCGCCCGUCAUGGUGCCUGCCACUGGGGAGAUGAUUGAGGACUGCGGGGAAGUCGAUUUGUAAUAGAGAAUAUCCAUCAAAAAGACUUACUAUGUGGAUACUAAUCCGGAUGGACUGGAUUAUAUGCAUUUGCAUAUUAAAACCAACCUUUGGAAUAAAAAUAUAAUAAUAUUACUGUACCUUUUAUCACCUAUCAGGAUAAUUUACUAAUUGUAUGCUGAUUUUUUAAAAAAUAAAUUGAAACUUGCAA